CGCAAAUGCUCGUCUUACAGUCGGGUAAUCUUGACGGACUUGUAUUAAUGUUCUCUUUUUGUCAUUUUUAUACAGAUAAAAAAGAUGCUAUUAUUACUCUGGCUGUUGGUUGAACCUGCUUUGAGAUACAGGUAACUUAGUGACAGCGACAUCUUCAGGCGGCGGGAGCUAACCGUCCAGGUUAGCGAGCCGGUGGCUAACUGGUAACUGUAAGCUAGCGCUAGCCAGCCAGCACAGUUUGCAGACACGUCUACACAGUCCGCUGCUGCUGGAUACCACUAGACACAUGUUGAACUGCUGCUGGAAGAAAUGCUACCUACGAACAAGGAUUUAACCGGCUUCCGCACGUACGCUAACUGAGCUCCCGGCCCAGCCAUGUUCGGCACAGAGUCCUCAUAUCAGAGCUAGCGUGCACACCGGCAGCAGCACAGACUGUGGUGUGCUAGCAUCCUGGCUGUUACAGUGAUGGAAAGCUGUCAUGCACCACCUCUCCUCUGAGCAGCAAUCUUUGUUUAUGGAGUGUGCAGCUGAGUGGAUGACACCGUGGAGCAUUCUGGAAGUCUAGCCAGUAAGCAUGUUUCUCAACACCUUGACGCCCAAGUUUUACGUGGCUCUGACGGGCACUUCCUCCCUCAUAUCAGGACUCAUAUUGAUAUUUGAGUGGUGGUAUUUCAGGAAAUAUGGGACCUCCUUCAUAGAGCAGGUGUCUGUGAGCCACCUGCGCCCCCUGCUGGGCGGAGUGGACAGCAGCUCCCCCAGCAACUCCAACACCAGUAAUGGGGAGGCCGAUUCCAAUCGACAAAGUGUGUCCGAAUGUAAAGUGUGGAGAAAUCCGCUGAAUUUAUUCCGCGGGGCCGAAUAUAAUCGGUACACGUGGGUGACAGGUCGAGAGCCGCUGACAUACUACGACAUGAACCUAUCAGCGCAAGACCACCAGACCUUCUUUACCUGCGACUCAGACCACCUGCGGCCUGCUGACGCCAUUAUGCAGAAGGCGUGGAGAGAGAGGAACCCGCAGGCUCGUAUCUCUGCAGCACACGAAGCUCUGGAGCUGGAAGAUUGUGCGACAGCAUACAUCCUGCUGGCGGAGGAAGAGGCUACAACCAUCAUGGAGGCCGAACGUUUGUUUAAACAGGCGCUAAAAGCUGGAGAGAGCUGUUACCGCCGCAGCCAGCAGCUCCAACAUCACGGUACACAGUACGAAGCCCAGCACAGAAGAGACACCAAUGUGUUGGUGUACAUAAAGAGAAGACUGGCCAUGUGCUCCAGAAAGCUCGGCCGAACACGAGAAGCAGUUAAAAUGAUGAGAGAUUUAAUGAAGGAGUUCCCUCUCCUCAGUAUGUUCAACAUCCACGAGAACCUGCUGGAGUCGCUACUGGAGCUCCAGAACUACGCCGACGUCCAGGCCGUUCUGGCCAAGUACGACGAUAUUAGUUUACCCAAAUCUGCAACAAUAUGCUACACAGCCGCUUUGCUCAAAGCCAGGGCGGUAUCGGACAAAUUCUCUCCAGAGGCAGCAUCCAGGCGAGGGCUGAGCACAGCGGAGAUGAACGCAGUAGAAGCCAUCCACAGAGCGGUGGAGUUCAACCCUCACGUCCCCAAAUAUCUGCUGGAGAUGAAGAGUCUGAUUCUUCCUCCAGAACACAUCCUGAAGAGAGGAGACAGCGAGGCCAUCGCCUACGCCUUCUUCCACCUGCAGCACUGGAAAAGGGUGGAGGGGGCGCUCAACCUGCUGCACUGCACCUGGGAGGGCACGUUCAGAAUGAUCCCAUAUCCUCUGGAGAAGGGUCACCUGUUCUAUCCAUACCCCAUCUGCACAGAGACGGCCGACAGAGAGCUGCUACCCACAGUGUUUCACGAGGUGUCGGUCUACCCUAAGAAGGAGCUGCCCUUCUUCAUCCUCUUCACAGCCGGCCUCUGCUCCUUCACCGCCAUGCUGGCUCUACUCACACACCAGUUCCCCGAACUCAUGGGAGUGUUUGCUAAAGCUUUCCUCAGCACACUGUUCGCUCCUCUGAACUUCAUCAUGGAGAAGGUGGAGAGCAUCCUGCCGUCCAGCCUCUGGCACCAACUCACCCGCAUCUGAACCCGACCGGACCAGAAUCAGACCCAGGACCGGGAGCCAACCUCCACCCAGACAGAAACAGCUGAACUGAAACCCAGAACGCUGCGUUGGACUGGACUGACACACCUUUGUGCCAAGAUUACCGAGUUCAAACCAAACAGAACAGAACAGACGAGGACGACGGGAGGAGGCGGGAAAAACAAAAAGGCAAAACAACGGAGUCCAGAAUUGGUUUUGACUUUAUUUGAUAUGUUUGCAUUUUUUUGGGUUUUCAAUCAUUUAAAGCUGUUUUUGUUGUACAAAAAGAGGUGAUCAAUUGCCAUCAUUAAAAAAGUGAGAAGACAAAAAAAAAAAAUACAAUAAAGGACUUUUUGUGUAUUGCUGCAAGCCGGC